AUGGGAAACCGACCCUCAACCCAGAGCGUGGCGGCUAUUGGAAUUGGAAACCAAACCUCCUCCACGCACCGCUCACUGGCCACCGCCGGCGUUCAUCAGUUCAGUAUCAAGGGCCACUCGGUGAUCGCAGGAAGCGACGAACCCAUCACGUCCAAGCCCUUCCGGGUCGGCGGCUACGAGUGGACCAUCCGCUACUACCCCAACGGCGCCGACGCCGAGGCCGAGGCCGGCGGGCAGCACGUGUCUGUUUUCCUAUGCCAAAACAGCCCCGGCGAUGUCCCGGUCACGGCAACCUUCUCCUUCAGCUGCCUCCAACAAGAUCCGGCGUCUCCGACCUCCGCCAAGGAGAAGAACAAACUCUGCAGCUACACGGGAGAUUUCUCCUCGGAGAAGUCCGAAUGGGGUCCGGUCAAGUUCAUGAGCAAGGCGGAUCUCGCGGCGUCGGGGUGCCUCAAAGACGACUGCUUGGUCAUCAGGUGCGCCGUCGAGGUAAUCACCAAAGAGCUCACCCAUGACGAUGACCACCAACACGGCGCCGUCGUCGUUGUGCCGCCCUCCGACUUGACUCGGGAUCUCGGCUCCCUCUUGGCGAGCGGCCACGCCACGGACAUCACCGUUGAAAUCGGCGAGGCCAAGAAGUUCAGGGCGCACCGGUGCGUGCUCGCGGCCCGGUCGCCGGUCCUCCGUGCGCUCCUGUGCAGCAAGAGAAGCAGCAUCUGCAUCAAAGACGUGGACGCCGCCGCCUUCGAGAUACUGCUGCAUUACAUGUACCACGACGACCUACCGAUGCCCCUGAGGAACGCGUGCAGCAAAGGAACAACGGACAUGGCGCAGCGCGUGAUCGCCGCCGCGGAUCGAUACGGAAUGGGGAGGCUCAAGCUGAUGUGCGAGAGCAAGCUCAGCAAGAUCCUAGAUGUGGACACCGUGUGUUCCAUUCUUGACUUCGCCGAUGGAAACGAUUGCGCGCAACUUAAGAGUUGCUGCUUCGAGUACAUGUUAAAAGACCGCAAGAGGUUGAAGGACAUUGCCAAUACGCAAGGGUUCAAGAAACUAAACCAAAACUGCUUGUCCAUUGCUUGUGAAAUGCUUCUCAAAGCUCUAUAA